AUGUUGGAAGUGGCCUUUUCUCUCUUGAUAUGCUGUUCCCGAGUUUGCAAAGCAAGACGUAGGGCUUGGUUGCCGAGUCUAUCCUUUGUGACUCCCACAAGUCUACCAGGCAUUUUUCUUUGCAGUUUCUCAGUGACAGAGAAGAACGCAGCAUGUGGACCUCCGAAACCCAUUGGAACACCAAAUCUUUGCGAGGAUCCAAGAACAAUGUCGGCACCGAACUCAGAAGGUGGUCUCAACAAAGCCAGAGCCAUCAGAUCAGAUGCGACGGCCACCAAUCCUUUGUUGGAGUGGACAAUGUCAGUGAUACUGGCCAAAGACUCUGGUGACGGAAUGGCACCAUCAGUUUGA